UGAGAACGUGGGCUGCCCUGUAUUUUAUGUCAUUUACUAUGGAACGUCCCCAAGUUCACCUUCUUCACUUAAUGACUUGGCUCCUUUUCGGCAUAAUUGAAGACCUUUGAUAUCGUCUUUUGCCAUCCUGAAUAGGCUGCUCCUUCCCUUUAAUAACUUAUCUACACUUCAUUGGGAAUGGUGCUGCCUGGACUCAAAAUUUUAUAAUUUCUUCUUCCGCCCGCUCUUCGAAACCCUGAGCUCUCUCUCUCACUCACUGUCGUACCUUUUGCUUCAACCCAGAUGGCUGCUUCUCCGUCAGCAUCGGCGGUUAACCUGUCAUCAUCCCGUUCUUCAAUGCAAUCGCAGACAACCACGAGCAGCGCAGUAUUUCUUGUCAAUGCCCUCGACAAGAUUGCGGCCGCUAGAGAGAUCCGUCGAAAUAAACAGUUGAAGGAAUCGGUUCAAAAUGCCCUCGCGAUAUACAAGGACAAUGAGCCUGCUCCAGAUGGCCAGAAUCGCUUCUCUGUCAUUCUGACUGCUAUGCAAGGCACCAUUGGCACCGGCUCAACCUCCCUCGUGGUUACCGCCCUAGAUUGUUUAGGCAAACUUAUCAGUUACAAUUAUGUGUCGCACGACCCAAAAGCCAUGGACAGCGUAGUGGAUUUGAUAUGCGAAUGCUUUGUCGGCGAAGGAACAGAUGAGAAGAUUCAAUUGCAAAUUAUCAAGGCCUUGUUGGAUGCCGUACUGUCUACUACCAGCCCUGUUCACCAAUCUUCGUUACUCAAAGCGAUAAGAACAACCUAUAACAUUUUCUUGUUAUCGAGAAACAGCGCCAACCAAAUUAUUGCCCAAGCGACGUUGAACCAAAUGGUGAAUCAAGUCUUUGGUCGCGUUAAUACUGAUGUCCAACCUCCAUCAUCCAUCUCGUCUAACGGCCAUGUUCAUGCUGUCUCCGCCGACGAGGAAACGUCUAUUUCUGAGAAUGAACCAUCCGCUCAACCUGAUGAAGGAAAAGAAAAGCAACCAAGUCUAGAAGCAACUGAAGCGGAGAAAGAAUCGUUGCGCCAGUCAUUACAAGACGAGAUCAUUGCUGAAGCAGCCAUGGCGCGCCGAGAAGCUAUCAAUGGUCCUGACAGUAAAUCGACUGCUGAUAUUUUGGGAGAUACUGAACUGGUUUUCGAAGACGAAAGUGUGCCGGAAGCUUUAUCUGGCGCUUCCAUCCAACCACCACCCGAAGAACCUAAUACAUCUGUGAAUACCCAAGAUGACAAGAAACCCGAAGAAAAGAAUGGCGAAGAUGCCCAAGAUGUAGAACAGAAGGACGAUGAUGAUGAUGAAGACAAGGUGGAACAACCACAAACAGGAGAAAGUCGUACUUCCUAUGGUCCCGACAGUAAAUCUGGAUACAAUUCACAAAACGACUUGUUUGCAAAGGAUGCUUUUCUUGUAUUUAGAGCACUGUGCAAUCUUUCCAUGAAGCCAAUUACCACAGACGGUGACCUCAAAUCCUAUUCCAUGCGCUCAAAACUGCUUUCUCUCCACUUAAUUUCCGUUAUUCUCACCUCACAUCAUGCUGUGUUCACCUCACCCGGCGUUGUUUUGAUGUCUCUUCAACCCAAUGGCACCGCUAUCGCCACGCCAUUUAUCCAAGCAGCCAAGAAGAAUUUGUGUGUUAGCUUAAGUCGAAAUGCGGUAUCGGUCACACCUCAAGUCUUCGAAGUCAGUCUUGAGAUCUUUUGGAAGGUGGUGCAGAACUUGCGCAUGCAUUUGAAAAAAGAAAUUGAAGUCUUCUUCACCACCAUCUUUCUUCCCAUUCUUGAAAUGCGCAAUGCAUCCUCUCAGCAGAAACACUUGCUGCUCAGUAAGGUUGUCCUUCGAAUAUGCAGUGAUCCACAGACUCUAGUGGAAAUCUAUCUCAACUACGACUGUGAUAAGGAAGCUUUGGAUAACAUUUAUGAGCGACUUGUCAAUGUUUUGUCACGAAUCACGACCACACAUGCUGUCAAUAUACCGUCUAAAGAGAACUCGGAUAUGCGUCACUCCACCGAUUUUAGCAGUGGCCAUAUGAAUGGGUCUUCUGUUGUCAUACCACCCAGAUUAACCACCGACACUAUUCAACCCAACGAGAAGCAUGGUGGGCAAGCCAAUCAGCCAUCGGACCUUGCGUUGAAAUACAAGUCGCUCGAAAGCUUGGUAGCGGUGCUGAGGUCAAUGGUGGCAUGGUACAAUAAGGGUGCCGUCAGUGUACCUACUAACCCAGACGAGGAGGCCACGCCAAGAGAGAGUGAAGACCAACCAAGCGGCUCAACUGAAGCCAUCACCAACCAUAGCAAUACCUCUGUGUCUCGAUUGUCACCAGUAUCAUCCAGUGUUCAAAUUGCUAUCAAUGGAACAUCGUCAUCAACCGCUAUGGAUGAUCCAGAACAGUUCGAGUCAAAAAAGCAUCGUAAACAAAUGCUUCAAGAAGGCAUUCGUCAGUUCAAUUGGAAGGCCAAAAAGGGAAUCCAGUUCCUCCACAAGCAUAGCUUCAUCAAUUCCAGCGAUCCUGCUGAUGUCGCCAAAUUCUUAUUGCAUACCGAUGGUCUUAACAAGACCAUGAUUGGUGAAUACCUUGGUGAAGGCGAACCUGAAAACAUUGCCAUUAUGCAUGCAUUUGUGGAUGAACUCAACUUCACCGAGAUGCUCUUCGUAGAUGCUCUUAGACAGUUCUUGCAAUCUUUCCGUCUCCCUGGUGAAGCGCAAAAGAUCGAUCGUUUCAUGUUGAAAUUUGCUGAACGUUAUCUCGAUGGCAACCCUGGCACUUUUGCCAACGCUGACACCGCCUACAUUCUUGCUUACUCUGUUAUCUUGCUCAAUACUGAUCAACACAGUCCUCAAGUCAAGAAACCCAUGACCAUAGAAGAAUUCAUCAAGAAUAACCGUGGUAUCAAUGACAAUGCGGAUCUUCCCGAAGAAUUGCUACUUGGUAUCUACAACGAAAUCAAAAGCAAUGAAAUCAUCAUGAAAGAUGAACAAGAAGUCGCUGCUUCCAAUGCUCUUCUCACCGCCACCAACAACGCCGGAGGUCCCCUUGGUAUGGUUGGAUUGCAGAACGCCUUGGUCAAUGCAGGUAUCACACGCGAUAUUAAAGGUGAAGCUUAUCAAGCUGUCACGGAAGAAAUGGGUUCCAAGACUGAAGCUUUGUUUAAAAACAUGUUGGGUAGUAAGCGCCGUCGUGCCGCAGCUACCGGUGCUGGCGCUAUCACGUUUUAUAGUGCCUCUCAUAUUGAACACGUUCGCCCCAUGUUCGAAGUUGCUUGGAUGUCGUUUUUGGCUGGUAUUUCUGGCCCUUUGCAAGAGUCUGAUGAUAGUGAGACUGUCAACUUGUGUUUGGAAGGCUUCAAAUACGCUAUUCGAACCAUUUGUCUUUUCCACACCAUCCAGUCUGAAGAUAUGAACCUUCAGCGCGAUGCCUUUGUCACCACUUUGACCAAGUUCACCUUCUUGACCAAUUACAGUGAAAUGAAAUUCAAAAACGUUCAAGCCAUCAAGGCGUUGUUGGAUGUUGCUGCAACGGAUGGCAACCAUCUCAAGGGCAGCUGGAGAGAAAUUUUGACCACUGUCAGUCAACUUGAACGUUUCCAACUUAUUACCAGUGGUGCUGGCGGUGACCAUCAAGGUGGCGAAAUGGUUGGUAAACGUGGUCGCUCUGUUGACUUGAAUAGACGACAAAACAAUACUACUGUCAACGGUAGAAAACUUAACCGAACGAACACCAUUAUUACCGAAGAAGUUGCAACAGCUGGAAGUUCACAUUCGCUUGUAUUGGCUGUCGACAAACUUUUUACAUCCACAGUCAAUUUGAACGGUGAAGCCAUCGUCGACUUUGUUAGAGCCUUGUGCGAGACAUCGUGGGAAGAGAUUAUCUCUUCAAGCAACUUAGAGCAGCCACGCAUGUACAGUUUACAAAAACUGGUAGAGAUCUCAUACUACAACAUGGGACGUAUUCGUCUGGAAUGGUCCAAUGUGUGGGCUAUUCUUGGUGAACACUUUAAUCAAGUUGGUUGUCAGUCCAAUUUCAACAUUGCUUUCUUUGCUUUGGAUUCCUUGCGACAACUGUCCAUGCAGUUCUUGGAGAAGGAAGAAUUGGCUCACUUCAAGUUCCAAAAGGACUUUUUGAUGCCUUUUGAAUACAUUUUGGCCAACAAUCAAGAUGUUGCUAUCAAGGAUAUGGUUUUGAGAUGUCUUACCCAGAUGAUUCAAGCUCGUGCUCAUCACAUUCGAUCAGGCUGGAAGACUAUGUUUGCUGUGUUUGCAAAGGGAGCCUGCGAGUCUUCAGAAUCUAUUGUUUCCAUGACAUUUGACAUUGUACGAUCUCUGGCAAAUGAACGAUUUUCAGACAUCGUUGCCAACGGUACUUUCCCUGAUUUCGUUACUUGCUUGAGUGAAUUCUCCAAGAACCGCAAGUUCCAGAAAAUUAGCUUGCCCGCUCUUGACAUGAUCAAAUCAACCAUACCACGUAUGCUCGAUCUCGCUAGUGAUAGCCAGGCCAUCGUUAUCAACGAUGCAAAUACCAACGCUGGUCGAACUGUCCAGUCUGGUGAGGACUUUUUGGUCAAGUUUUGGUUCGCCAUCUUGUUCGGUUUUAAGGAAGUCACCAUGAAGAGCGACGACGUUGAAGUCCGGCGGAGGGCUCUUCAAUAUUUAUUCGAAACGCUCAAGGAGCAUGGCAAAACUUUCUCUCCGGAGUUUUGGAACACCAUUACGAGGCAAAUCGUAUUCCCAUUAUUCGAAGACUUGCGACCUGAUUCCGAGCAUCACCGUACCAUGAGCGAUGAAGAUUUGAGCGUGUGGCUCUCCACCACCAUGAUUGAAGCAUUGCGAAGUGUUGUCGAUCUAUAUACCUUCUAUUUUGAAAAUAUGCGAGAUAUGAUGAAGCAUGUACUGAGCUUGUUCUCCAUGUGCAUUACCCAAGAAAAUGAUACACUUGCACGUAUCGGAUGCGAGUGCUUGCAACAAUACAUCGAAGCCAAUGUCGAAAAGUUCAACAACGAGUCCUGGGAUAUGGUCACUGAGACUUUUGUGGAUCUUUUUGAAAAGACCACGGCUUAUAGCUUGUUUAACGACACUCAGGAUCUAGUUGAGCGAAAUAAGGAGAACCCAGAAGAACAAGAAACCGUCAACGAUGAGAGACAGCGCAGCUUCCAGCACAUCAUUAUGAAGUGCGUUUUGCAACUGCUCUUAAUCCAGACCGUCAACGACCUUCUCAGCAAGGACAUUGUUUAUAUUGCUUUCCCUGCUCACCAUCUCAUGGUGGUCAUGGACUGCCUUGGCAAGUCAUUCCACUUUGCUGAGCGAUUUAACAAUGACACUGAGCUUCGCAUGGCCCUCUGGCGAUUUGGUUUCAUGAAGCAACUUCCUAAUCUGUUGAAGCAAGAGACUUCCAGUGGAGCAUGCUAUGUCGCCAACUUGAUGAGAAUGUUUGCCAACAUUGAAAACAUAUCCGAUCGUGAUGAGAGACGGGAAGAGAUUGAACAGACGUUGAUUCCGCUUUGCAAUGAGAUCUUUACAUUGUACUCUGAGCUGGACCAUGAGACAAAGCCCAAAAACAUUGCAGCAUGGACUCCUGUUGUAGUGUCAAUUUUGCAUGGACUCACCAAUCUUCAAGACCAAGACUUCUCGAGACACUUGCCACAGUUUUAUGAAUCAUCUGUCAAUAUGUUGGCACAGGAUAAUUUGAUACCUGAGAUUCGUGUGGUGCUACGAACAUUAUUACUUCGCGUAGGCAAAGCGUACAACAUCUCUGCGUAAUUACUCACCCAACAAACAGCCUUUCUACCAAAAAACAACAGUUUUUCUUGUCUGUCUU